UCCAUGAUACUGAGAAGUUUGUGCAGCAUCCCAGCACAGACAACACGUACUCAACACUGCCUGCUGUAGCCUGUGCACGGCACCGCCUCUCCGUCUGUCAGACAGCGCCGAGGGCUCGAGUCGCCCCGCGCAGGGAAAAAAGGAAAACGAAGUUAACACGCUAGUAGCUUGUAGCCUAGCUAUGAAACCCUGCAACACUCACACCUAGCAGACACACACACGGCGCACACACUUUAACAGACUUGAACAGCUAGUUUACCGGAGCUGUUAUAACACAACCGGAUCAAAUGGUUUAUAACCCUGUGCAGCUAUGGGUGACAUGAAAACCCCAGAUUUUGAUGAUCUUCUGGCUGCCUUUGACAUCCCAGAUGCCACAGGGUUGGAUGCCAAAGAGCCCAUCCAGGGGAGUCACGAGGAGACCGAGAGUCAGCUGAAACACGCAGGGAUAUGUCUGGAUGAUAGCCUAUUGAGCAACCAAGCUGUCACGGCGGCAGCAGAUAUUCCAGUUGUGAGUGUUAUUGUGAAAAACACUAGCCGCCAGGAGUCGUUGGAAGGAUUUGGACCAGCAUUGCAAAAUGGAUUUCGGGGACAGGAGACCUCCAUUGACACUGUUGACACAUCCAACACUGGCUUUUCAAAAUCGUUUGUCUCUGCUCUGAACGGGGAGAGUUCAAGAGAGCUUCUCGGGAAGGCACCCAUUCAACACAAACCUGAUGGGACGCCAAUAUUUUCACAGUCACUUUCGCAUUUUAGUCCGAUCUCCAGUCCUGAGUCCGAAGACGCUCAGUGUAGUAGGGAUGAAAUGCAUCCAAAAGAAAGACCCUGUUUUCCAGAAGCAUCUGUUCUGGUGGAACCUUCAAUCCCAGACGAUCCCAAAAAACUGGACCUCAGCAUGUUUGACGAUUGUCCAAAGGAUAUCCCCAAGAGCACUCAGAGGAGUAGGACAGAAAGUAGCAGAAACGAGGAGCCCUCUGACAUCUGUGUCAGCAACGAAACCGACAAAACACAAACAAGAAUACGCAGUGCACUUCCCCCACCGAGCGGUAGCCAGAACUUUAUUGAGAACAACUGCAAUUCAGGAGCCUCAAUGAAUGUUCCCGCUUCUUAUCCACAUGUCAAAUCUCAGACAUCUAAAUUAUCCUCUUGCCUUGAGGCUCUGGUGGCUUUGAAUGCCAGAAAAGAUCCCAGAGAGGCAUCAGCCAUUCAGAAUGACUACAUGAAAGCAAGCCCCAAUGUGCCUAUAUCUCCACUAAGCCCCAGAAGUCCACUUGAAGCUGUGAAACGGUUAAUGAAACCCUCCGAUAGCCCUGUAAGCAUCUGCAGUGAUAGCAGUGGCAAGGCAUCCCCUGCAGUGGCGUCUGGGUCACCGCCUGCCAUACCCAGGGUCAGAAUUAAGACCAUCAAAACCACAUCUGGGCAGAUCAAACGCACGGUCACCAGUGUGUUGCCUGAUUCAGAAACAGAUGAGAUUCAUUCUGCAUAUGAAUCCUCUCCAUCACAGAGUAUUAUUAGUGAAGAUUCUUACGGUUAUAUGUCUCCACAUCAGUCACAAAGUGCAGCUGUUGAUAGCAUUGUUGGAAUACAAACUAAAGGUACCCCGGCUAGCACAUCUUCACUAAAAGUCGUACACAACAAAUCAGAGGCUAACUCCAGGAGAUCAGGCAUAACGCAGCCAGCAACAAUAUUCCAUAAUCCUAGUGGUCCUGGCAAACGAUCUGUUGCACAUCAGGGGCAGAAACCAAAGAGAGGAUCAGCCACGGGAGGCCAAACAACUAGCACAAACUUCCUUCCCAAAGCAAUGCACUUAGCUAGUCUGAAUCUGGUCCCUCACAGUGUUGCAGCUUCAGUGGCUGCACGGUCCACCUCUCAUCAACAAAGUCAACACGCACUCUCCUCAACGGUGUGCAGCACUGUCCCACUGGUGCAUCAAGUCAAAACAGCCAAAUCGUAUCCUCGCACGUCCACUCCCAACACAGCGGCAGGAACCUUAAACAGACUGUUGAACAAUGCCAACCCUGUGCCUACAUAUGUGCCCAACCUGAACCCCCCUGCGGAGAGCAAUAUCAACCUUCCACCACGCGGAUACUGCUGCCUCGAGUGUGGGGACUCCUUCGGGGUAGAGAGGAGUCUUGCGUAUCAUUACAGCAGGAGGAGUGUACACAUUGAAGUAGGAUGUACGCACUGUAGGAAGACGAUGGUGUUCUUCAACAAGUGUGCCUUGUUGGCACAUGCGCGAGAACACAAGAACAGCGGUGUGGUGAUGCAGUGCACACAGCUUCAUAUGAAACCCAUUGCAGAGGAUCAAAUGUUUGUACCCCUGAGUACUGAACCUGUGAACGCGGACUCUUACACCUCACCAUCACCCUCCUCUAAAAACCAACCCGUCCUGCCCCUGUAUCCAGACAAUGUCAUUCGCCACCGACUCCGUUGCCUGGAGUGUAACAAACAGUUACCUGACUACAAAGCACUUGCAGGCCAUUACCAGAGGCCGUCAGAAGAUGUGGAAGGACUAACGUGUAAGGUGUGCUCAAUGCUGUUACCCAACAAAUGCAGCUUCAGAGCUCAUGAACGUAUCCACGCACACAAGUCCCCUUACUGCUGUCCUGAGUGUGGCGCCCUGAGUCGCUCUGCGGACAUACAGAAACAUGUCAAGGAAAACUGUCUGCACUACGCUCGCAAGGCUUGGUACAAAUGUCUUCACUGUGAUAUGGUUUUCAAGACCCUUCAAGGACAAAAGACCCACAUUGAGGAGAAACACUGUAAAGUCUUUUACAAGUGCUCCGUCUGUCCCGUUGCCUUCAUGACUGCUGACAGCUGUGAAGUGCAUUUAAAAAAUAAACACCGUGCUAGCAAAAUAUCGCCGCUGUUAAUCUUUAAGUGUUCGUGUGAAACAGUGUUCAAGAAAAAGCAGUUACUGUUUCAGCAUUUUCAUCAGAAUGCCAACAAGCGUGUUACGUGUAUAUUCAAGUGUCCUGAAUGCAACUCUGUCUUUCCACAAAAGCAGCUGUUAAUGCAGCACUUCAAGAGUGUUCACGUAGGAAACAUGACAGCAGAAAUCGAGAAGAGCAGUAAACAAACAGACAGUACCGACCGGCACCAGGAUGCUCAUUCCGUCCCACAACAGAAGAGCUGCAGCCCUGUUAAGCACACAGACAGUCCCAGAAAAAAGCCUGAGCAGGACAGCAGACCUCGUGUGAAGCCCACCGGCUGGACGUGUGGCGAGUGUCUCCAGUGGUUCCCUGAACGAGACUCCUAUGUUUCUCAUGUAAAGACCAAUCAUGGAAAGUCAAUGAAGAAGUAUCCAUGUCGACAUUGUGAGCAGUCUUUCAACUCUGCAACCAGUCUAAGAAGACACAUACGCAGUGACCACGAUGGAAAAAAGAAAAUUUAUACUUGCUGGUAUUGCACAGACACCAAGACAAUAUUCACGACGAGUGUUAUGUUGAAGAACCACAUCAGUCUCAUGCACGGAAUAAAAAAUCCUGAUCUCGGCCAAAUGCCAAAAACAGCCAUCCAGGAAUCAAAAAAGGCUUCGGGCAAGCGGCUUUUAUCAGAAAGACCUGCCGUGGACAUACAAGCGAAGGAGCAGGAUCGUGCUUUCAGUGUCGAGGCUCUGUCAGCGAAGCGUCUGAAAACUCAGUUCCGCUGUUCAAAGUGUGGUUUUAGCACAGACGACAGCACACAGUUCCAGCAGCAUAUACCACAGCAUAAAACGGACGAAAACACUCCUCAGUGCCUUCACUGUGGCCUGUGUUUCACCUCCGUGCUGUCUCUCAACAGACAUCUUUUCAUUGUGCACAAAGUCAAAGAAGAGGAGAAAGAAAAAGGGGAAGAGCGUGAGGUGGAGGCAGAAGUUAGGGAGAUGGAACAGGAUAAUCAGCCAGUUAGAUCAGCAGAUACUGACGAGGUCAAUGACUUGUUACCGGAGCUUAAUGAACCUGAGCCCUCACAGGCAGAAGAGUCAGCAAGUCUGUGCUGUGACAAGAUCGUGGACUGUAAUUUAAAACUGAGCACUCACUCUCAAACACAAGCAGUCUCUCUCCGGUAGUGAGAGCCACCUUAACACCUCCUUAAAGCUGCUUUAAAGGGAAAAAAAUUACUGUUCUCUACCAACUUUGUGUACUUACAGUGCGGGGAGCAUGUGCAAACGAACAAUCUUUAACUUCCCUCCAUGUUGUCUGCAUCAAAAGCCUCCUGCUUAAUUUAAAAAUGUGGAAGUACAAUCUGUAGUUAGACAACAGUCUAACAGAGCAGGGAGCUCUGUUAAACAUUGUUUAUUUGCAUAUACUACCUAUAUUGUACUCAUACAAAGCUGGUUGAAAAUACAUUACACUAUUUUCCUUUUAAUAUCUUCAGUUUUCAUGUGAAAGUAAUGGGAUGCUUGAUGUUCUGCAUGGAGGUGGUGCAACUUGUUUGGGCGUUUCUUUUUUAAAUUUCUCUCGUUAUUCGGAGGUUGUGCAGUAUAUUUAAGCAGAUCCUUAACAAUUAGUAAUGUCAGUAUUUUCCUAAGUGAGAAUACAAAUUAAUAUUCAUUCAUUGCAUUUGUUUUUAUUUAACUUUGCAUGUUGGUAAUGUAUUCAUCUUCCCUUCAGACAUACGUGCACACAUAUUACAGAAGCUUUUUAUUUCUAUUUCUUUCUUUCUUUUUCAAAUGUUUUCAUCCAGCCUGACAGACGUAGGUCUGUUUAGUUUUUAGGUCUGGUAUUGUAACAGUGAACGUGGUGUUUGUAAUCACCGGUCAUUUUAUUUCUUACAUGUUGUCUGAAUAUUUAAUGCUACACACUAUUUCCUUAAGGGAUUCAGUUUUUAUGAAAUGAAUGCGUUGCAAUUAAUUUGCAGUACAAAGCUUGAAACGUAGUCACCAUUUAUUACACAUCAUAGCAUCGUUCAGUAUUAAUUUAAAAAGCUGUAUUUCCUUAUUCUUUUCAGUUAUUUAAAAAAAAAAAAAAAGACAUCCUGUGAGAUCAGACACAGCUGAAUUGUCUCGGCUGAACAAAGCCUUCUUAACUUAGGCUACACAAAAGAGUUUCUUUUGACUAUUUAAGCAUUCUGCAAUGCUUUUGUUUUUAUGUUUAUGGAACAUGUUGUCCCAGAUCUGGCCUUCCUUUAUUGUAUUAUUUUCUUAAUGAUUUGUCUUUCUUUUCUCUUUUUUUUAAUGAGUGUUUAUGGGAAACAUGGAGAGGUAUUGGAUGUGUGGUGCAACAGUAUUGAAAAUACCUCAAUUUGCCAGAAGUGUAUUUUUCAGGCAAGUGGACAGUCAAUGUUAUGUCAAAUCAGGGUACAUUGUUUUGGAUAAUCCAGAGCAGGUUUGAAAGUGAAGUUUUGUCAGCAUAUCGAAGAUGAUGUUUUAUAAAUCAGGACCUGCUGACAUGAAGUCAUUAUAAUAAUACUAAUAUGAUCAGAGGGAUUUGUUAAAUCGAUAAUAAAUUGAGUAAAUAGAUUUGUGAGCUUGUUGCUCAUAAUGGUGGCUACUUCUCGUCCGCAGGUCUAGAUUUGUAAAGCAGCACUUCUUGUUUUGUAUUGAAUUCACGACAGUUCCUACCUCCGUGGUUUAUGGCAGUGAUUGUUAAAAGUUGAAAGUGUUUGAGGAGUUGCAGGUGAUCUCAGUGCAAUGUAAAAAAAAUUAGUAAAUGUGUAUAAUCCCACAUUAUUAAAUUUUAUAAAUUAUUUUGGGAAAGAAAUUAAGACUAUGUGGUCAUAUUGACUUGACUUGGCAAGUGAACUUUUUCUAUUCUAUUUAAGUGCUAUAUGAGCUCUUUAUUUCUCUGUUGUCUACAGUCCUUAAAUCACAACACUGCAGCUGUUAAACUGCAGGCUACAAAGAAUGACUUGUUCUUUUGUAAUGCUCGUUGAAAGAUAUUUGUACUUUUGAUACUGUGUACAGUGAGGACUUGUAUAGGAAAGUAACCUGUGUACAUACAGUAGCCAAUGAACCCUGGAUUCACAGCAUUUCUUAAGCCAUUACAUCUAUUCAGCAUGCAGUGGCCCAUGUGCCUUGCUGUAAUGUUUACGUAAAGUACUUACAAAAUAAAUUGGUGCAGUUAAUUAUA